AUGUUAACUCGCGGAGCCCCAGAUUUAGAGGCGAUGGAGUCACGCUGCUCACAUCUUAGCCAACGACUGGAGGCAGCAGAGCAUGAGCUUAGGGAAGAAAAGGAGGCUGGUCGGGCCAACAAGCUCAAAGUUGAACAGCUGGAACUGAAGCUCAAGGAUCGCGAGCAACUCCUGGGGCAUGCCAAAGACAUGUGGAUGAAGGAAAAUGUCAGAGCGUCCAAGCUUGCCGAUACCUUGACGGCUGUUGAAGAUAAGCUUGCAGAUCAGGAGAAGCGACUGGCCGAAGUGUCUGCACGCUAUGCAGAAGCACAGCAAGAAGUAAGACAGUUGCAGCAUUUGCUGGGCACUGGUUUAGGAAGUAUUCCGGCAAGUGGAGACGGAGCAGGCUUUGAAGCAGACUUGCGUGCUGAUGCUCGAAAUGGGUAUUCAAAGGGCAACGACUUCUCAGGUCUUGGGUCAAGUUUUGGCGAUGCUCAAUUGAUUUCGCCUCCGCGCACUGUCGCAAGCACAACAGCGCAUACACCAUUUGCAGAGAGCGACACAAAUGCUGAGCGAUUCAGGCGUCUUUGCCUGCUGAAUGAUGCUGUGCUGUAUGAGGAUGAACUUCUGCAGGUCGGCUUGAAAGCAGAGUACACCGGACUUGAAGGCCAAAUCGCAGUCUUCUUUGGCAACAAAGGUCAUGCUGCUCUACAGACCUUCGCUGCGCAAUAUUUUGUCAGGGAGGAGCAGGCCUUAAGAGUCGUGGCAUCUCCGCUCAUCCAGCAUUUGGAAGCAGACGAGCAGGUGGUGCAGCGACUGCAAGUAACGCUUCUGGAGCCUUUUGCUGAACCUCCUUGGCUGCGGUUGCAAUUUCUUCUGCCAGAUGCCAGCCCAAGAAGGAUACAACUGAAGUUCCCCAUCAUCCUUCCCAAGUUCAUGGUCGGCAAAGAUCUGUCCCAGCAGGAUUUCUUCCGUUUCUGGAGGCAACAAAACUUCAUCUUGAGCGAGGUGACAAGUGUUGUGCAUCUAGCUGAGCGACUCCGCGGCCCGUUGGUCAACAUUGCAAGGUGCAUUGUGUUUGGUGGAGCGUUCAGACUGCAUCACGGCGUCGACAGCAACGCGGACAACUUUGUGCUAGUCUCUAUGCUAGGCGAUGGUGCUAAUCACGACUUUCGAGGUGACGGUCUUCCAUCGGGACACGACAAGGAUGGUGGUCUUUCUCUUAUGAGAGUGGAGGUGGGAAGUGGCCGUUUCACUGGUAAAGCCAGGGUGGUGGUGCGGAGCAGCAAUCACAUCGUGGCGAAGGCAUUGUGCGACUGUCUGGUAACGCAGCUGGCAGAGCCGGGCGCGUCAGUGCCUCAUGCGAGCACUAUAUCCGCGCGCUGA